CACAUGUUCUCAAUGCUGCCUCUUCGCGCCCUCCUACCACGGACCUCGUUGAAGAAGACCCCGCUCCUGUGGCUGCGGUACUCCGACCGUAAUCAGAAUGUGAAGACCACCAUUAGGAGCUGCUCCUGCUCCACAAGGCCACUAUCCCACGCCGAAACUGCGGGUUUCUCCACGCAAUCAUCAUCGAACAACCAACGAGCCCAGCUCAAUCCCACAACAUCUGACCCACCGACUCCUCAGACAGACCAUCGUACUCUCGCCCAGACUCACAAUCUCUUUAUCACCUCCCCCUAUAGCCCGGGCUCUCCUCUACUGCUCCCCAAUGGAACCCACAUAUUCCAGAAACUGCAAGCCUUCCUCCGGGCACAGUAUCCACAAUUCGGGUUUCGCGAAGUCGUGACGCCAACGAUAUACAAGAAGUCUCUAUGGGAGGCCUCGGGCCACUGGGAUAAUUAUGCGGACGACAUGUUCAGUGUGCAGGGACGGGGAGCAACAGGCGAAACAGAGGGCAAAGAGAAAGGGGAAGACGAAGAAUUCGGACUGAAACCUAUGAAUUGUCCCGGGCACUGUUUGCUUUUUCGCGAAGGAGAGGGCGGCCUUAGGAGUUGGCGAGACCUGCCCGUCCGCUACGCCGACUUCAGUGCGCUGCACAGGAACGAGAUCUCUGGCACAUUGACAGGGCUCACGAGAGUACGGCGCUUCCACCAGGACGACGCACACAUCUUCUGCCGGCCCGACCAGAUCCUCAGCGAGAUUGAACGGACGCUGGAGUUCGUGAGCAUGGUGUACGAGACGUUCAACCUAGGCCCGUACAAGCUCCUGCUCUCCACCCGGCCAGACGACCACUUCAUCGGCACUAUUGAAGAAUGGACGCGCGCAGAGUCGCAACUGACCACGGCGCUCAACAACAGCGGCCGGGAGUGGUCCAUCAACGCAGGCGACGGCGCAUUCUACGGCCCCAAGAUCGACAUCAUCCUCAAAGACAACCAGGGCAAGGAGCACCAGACCGCCACCAUCCAGCUCGACUUCCAGCUACCACAGCGCUUCGACCUCCAGUACCAAGCCUCCCCAGCUGAGCUCGCCGAAACCAAUGCCUCCUCCUCCUCCUCCUCCUCCUCCCCACCCGUCACAGACAACGACAACAAUAGCAACAACCCCACCGCGACCCGCCGCCCCGUGAUAAUCCACCGCGCCAUCUACGGCUCGCUGGAGCGCUUCAUGGCCCUCCUGAUCGAGCACUACAGCGGCACCUACCCCUUCUGGCUGUCCCCCCGCCCCGCAACAAUCCUCUCCGUGAACACCGACCCCGCCACCAUCGCCCACGUCGAAACCCUCCAAUCCGUCCUCUCCGGCCUCCUCAACGACCCCCCCGGCUCCUCCAACUCCCCCAACGACGAUAACCUCACACGACCCAGCAAACCAACCCCCCUCCCCCUCUCAAAACCCCUCAUCCCAAUCACGACAGACGUGUCCGCGCGCCCGCUCGGCAAGAAAAUCGCAGAGGCGAAGGCGAAGAAGUACAACCACAUCGUGGUCGUCGGGCCCAGCGAAGUCGCGUCCGGCAGGCUGAACAUCGAGCUCGCGAACCAGCCGCACGCUGACAGGGCCGUCGAGGUGCUGAAGGAUAUCCUUGGUCCGGAGGCAGGCGUCGAGAGUGCGGGGGCAGGGAAGGGGAAUGGGAAGGGGAACGGGAGGCGGAAUGGGAAUGUCAAGGUGGGGAUGGAGGGUGUGCAGGCGAGGAGGUACUUUGAGAGGUUGAUGGAUCUGUAUUUGUGAUGUAGGAGUGGGAGUGGGAGUGGGACGUUCAUUAUGAGAGACAUGGGGGGAACGGGGGAGAAGAGAGAAAUGUAAGAGUACUGUUUGUUGGAUAUCAUUCUUCCCUCUCAGUAGAAAAGGUGGGAUAGAUAUGGCAAUGUAUAAGGCAUGUAUGAAAUAAGGAAAAGAAAAGUUAUAAACGUACGCGUUCUUCUCGGAAUCAGAUAAUUUCCCAUCCUCC